GUGUAGCUAAUAUAAAAAUAUUCUUAAUAUGCAUUGGUACUUACAUAUGUAUAUAAAAAAAAAUCACAUGCUUUAACAUCAAAAGUACUUCUAGAGGAUAUCUCUAUAUACUAUUUCAUCAAUGACAACUAAUUUUGCUUUAAUAGCAAAAUCAACAAAUGUUACUACUACAUCUCAACUGACCGCUGAUGGUCAGUGCAGUUAUCGCAAAAAGCACGAGCCAAUCAUUCUUUUCAUUAUGCGAGUUAAUCUCAAAGCUGUUUUGUUUUUUUUAACCGUUGCUGUAGUUGUUAUAACAUUUGCAGUUUAUAUCCGCUGCUCUGAAUUCACAUUUCCACAUGUCCUUGUCAGACAUUGGGAUCGUCGGUUAUAUGAAGUAAUUGGUGACUCCAGCAUUGGAAAUGAGUUAACAGAUAAUGAUAUUACGGAAAAUACAAAAAUAAGUGGAGCUCUCAGCACCUUGCAGUCUAUUGACUGCGAUAUAAAUCAAGAGUACACAAUAACUUGUAUGCGCGAUGAGAAAUUCAACGAAAUAUAUGUACCAUUUUCCUUUAUACAUAAAUACUUUGAUAUCACUGGUGGUAUAGCUGUUAAUACAAAGGAAGCUGGUAACGUAGAAAAAAAAGAAAAAGUUAUUAAAUUUAACUGGUGGCACAGCACUGCUAAAAUUAAUUUACCGAAAGGCAAAUAUGAUGCUCGAGGUUUAUAUAUGUAUUUUGAAAACUAUAAUGUCGAGGUUCGAGAUCGUGUAAAAUGUAUCAGUCCAGUUGAAGGUGUACCUUUGAGCACGCAAUGGGAAAAACGUGGUUAUUUUUAUCCAACUCAAAUUGCACAAUUUGCAUUAUCACACUAUAGUAAAAAUCUGACAGAACAGGAACCACGCAAUAAGAUUCUAGAAGAUGCUGAUGCUAAUCAAAAUGAAUGGCUUAUGCCGAAAGGUAGUAAUAUUUCUCGAAUAUGGCAUCCCAAAUUCAAUACUUCCGUUAUACAAUACGAGACUUCAAUUGAUUAUGAUAGCGCUGUAACGAUUAAAGUUGAUCAAGGUGCUGAUUAUGUCCUUAGUAUAGAUUUGCUAUUAGUUACAAAUAGCAGCAGUUUAAUGAUAAACAUGCUAAAUCGAGAAACAAAGCGUAUAUAUCGUUUGCAUUAUAUACCAGCCGAUUUAUUACUAAGCGUACAGGAAGAUAACAUUUAUUAUGGAUUGGGUACAUCUGCUUUAAAUAAAUGGAGACAUACUACUCGAGAUUUAGCUAUUGAUAUCCAGAAGGGUCUCACAUCUGAUAAGAAAUCUGCAAUUAAAGUUCGUCGUAGUGAUUUAAGAGUAUUAUCAAUAUCAUUUUUAGGAAUAGGUUUCUUUGAUAAUAUAACGCUUGCUACUUCGAAUCACAUGGCGCAUUUUUAUGAUGCCGCCGAGUGGUUUGUUAAUAACCAGGACAUGAAAACUGGCGGCUGGCCAAAUCCUGUUAAACGAAGUUUAAAUGGUUUUGCGGAACUUCAUGCUGGUUGGAUUUCGGCAAUGGGGCAGGGGCAUGCUAUUUCAGUUCUAUCACGAGCCUAUUGGCAUUCUGGUGGUGAUAAACGCUUUUUGAAAGCUGCAGCUUUUGCGCUUAAACCUUUUCAUGUAUUGUCUAAAGACGGCGGAGUAUUGGCACAAUUUAUGGACAAAUAUUUUUGGUACGAAGAAUAUCCUACGACACCAUCAUCGUUUGUGCUUAAUGGUUUCAUAUAUUCCUUACUGGGUUUGUACGACUUAAACUCGACAGCGCCAGCAUAUGUGGCAGGAGAAGCUGGUAAGCUUUAUAAUCAAGGGAUGCAGUCACUUAAAAAGAUGUUGCUUCUUUAUGACACUGGUUCUGGCACAAGUUACGAUUUAAGGCAUUUGAGUUUAGGUGUGGCACCUAAUUUAGCUCGGUGGGACUAUCACGCCACACAUGUAAAUCAGUUGCUAUUAUUGGCAACAAUUGAUAGUGAUCCUUUAAUAUCCCGAACUGCUGAACGUUGGAAAGGAUAUAUGUUUGGUAAACGUGCCAAACAUAAUUGAUAGCUUCAAUAACUGUACUACAUUAUACUAUAUAUAUAUAUAUACAUAUAUACACUUAGAAAAUAAGAAAAUCGAAAAUUAGGACGUCUAGCGUCUAACAAAGUGAUAUUGUGAACUAAUUUUAAGUAUUGUU